AACUUGUGAGGGGAGCAGCUGUGUUACAAAGGGAGAUGAGCACGUGUGGUUCCAUAGGUUUCUAUAGUCCUCUGCGAAAAUGCAUGAAGAAAACUGUCUUGCUAGGAGGAGUAAAUACUAAAACAAGUUCAGUUGGACCUAGUAAUGCAGAUUUUCCCUCUGGGGAUCCCGGAAUGUACCAACUGGACAUUACUUUAAGAAGAGGACACAAUUUAGCAGCACGAGAUCGUGGAGGAACCAGUGAUCCGUACGUCAAGUUCAAACUUGGAGGAAAAGAAGUGUUUAGAAGUAAAACAAUACACAAGAACCUCAAUCCUGUGUGGGAAGAAAAAACUUGCAUUCUUAUAGAUAACCCAAGAGAACCCUUAUAUAUAAAGGUUUUUGAUUAUGACUUCGGGCUUCAAGAUGACUUUAUUGGUUCAGCGUUUUUGAAUCUUGCAUCAUUAGAAUUAAACAGGCAAACAGAUGUUACCUUGAGCCUGAAGGACCCUCAUUACCCUGACCAUGAUUUGGGAACUAUAUUAUUAUCAGUUCUUUUGGCUCCUAGAGAAGAACAGCGGGAAGUGUUUCAGACCCAGAGCUUACGUCUCUCAGAUCUGCACAGAAAAUCUCAGCUAUGGAGAGGAAUAGUCAGUAUUACCUUGAUUGAAGGCCGUGACCUUAAGGCGAUGGAUGCAAAUGGGCUGAGUGAUCCUUACGUGAAAUUCCGUUUGGGGCAUCAGAAGUAUAAGAGCAAGAUUAUGCCAAAAACUUUGAAUCCUCAGUGGAGAGAGCAGUUUGACUUUCAUCUCUAUGAAGAACGAGGUGGAAUUAUUGAUAUUACCGUGUGGGACAAAGAUGCUGGCAAAAAGGAUGAUUUUAUUGGCAGGUGCCAGGUUGACCUGUCAACCCUAAGUAAAGAACAGACUCACAAACUGGAGUUGCCACUGGAGGAGGGAGAAGGAUGCCUGGUGUUGCUGGUCACUCUGACAGCCUCAGCGGCAGUCACCAUCUCUGAUCUCUCUGUCAACUCCUUGGAGGACCCAAAGGAGCGAGAGGAAAUACUGAAGAGAUAUAGUCCAAUGAGAAUGUUUCAUAACAUGAAAGAUGUGGGAUUUCUUCAGGUAAAAGUCAUUCGAGCAGAAGCAUUGAUGGCAGCUGAUGUUACAGGUAAAAGUGACCCAUUUUGUGUUGUUGAACUGAACAAUGACAGACUGCUGACACAUACCGUCUACAAGAACCUCAACCCAGAAUGGAACAAGAUCUUCACAUUCAAUGUUAAAGACAUCCACUCAGUUCUUGAAGUGACAGUUUAUGAUGAGGACCGCGAUCGGAGUGCUGACUUUCUAGGCAAAGUUGCGAUACCACUGCUAUCUAUUCAAAAUGGUGAACAGAAAGCCUACGUCUUGAAAAACAAGCAGCUGACAGGGCCAACAAAGGGGGUCAUCUAUCUUGAAAUAGAUGUGAUUUUUAAUGCUGUGAAAGCCAGCGUGCGAACCUUAAUGCCCAAAGAACAGAAGUACAUUGAAGAGGAAAACAGACUGUCUAAACAGCUGCUACUAAGAAACUUCAUUCGCAUGAAGCGUUGUGUCAUGGUGCUCAUAAAUGCCGCCUACUACAUUAACAGUUGCUUUGACUGGGAUUCACCCCCAAGAAGUCUUGCUGCUUUUUUGCUUUUCCUUUUUGUGGUCUGGAACUUUGAGCUCUACAUGAUACCACUGGCUUUGUUGUUGCUGUUGGCAUGGAACUACUUCUUGAUCAUAUCAGGGAAAGAUAACAGGCAACAUGAUACAGUAGUGGAGGACAUGCUAGAGGACGAGGAAGAAGAGGAUGACAGAGAUGACAAGAGUCUUCCCAGAAGUGACAAGAUAACAUGGUUAUUGUACUCCACAUGUGGCAUCCUUCAAGAGGACAGCGAGAAAAAAGGAUUUAUGGAUAAACUGUAUGCUAUUCAAGAGGUGUGUGUUAGUGUCCAGAACAUCCUUGAUGAAGUAGCUUCCUUUGGAGAAAGGAUAAAGAACACGUUCAACUGGACUGUCCCAUUCCUGAGCUGGCUGGCAAUUGUUGCCCUCUGUGUGUUCACAGUCAUCCUGUAUUUCAUUCCAUUGAGAUACAUUGUCCUUGUCUGGGGUAUCAAUAAAUUUACAAAGAAGCUUCGAAGCCCAUAUGCAAUUGAUAACAACGAGCUACUUGACUUUCUGUCCAGAGUUCCUUCAGAUGUGCAAGUGGUGCAAUAUCAUGAACUGAAACAAGAUCCCAGUCACAGCCCAAGCAAAAGGAAGAAAAACAAUCCUGGCUAGAAACUAGCAUCUGCUGGGGGAUGACAAAAAGAAAAACCUACAGCCUAAACAGCAUUUCCUUUCUCUAAGCUUUUUAUUUAUUUUGCCUUUUUUUUCUAAUGGGGAGAAUUUGUAAAUAUUAUAUAAAGGUGUUUUUCAUUGAAUAUAUACUUAGCACUGUAAAGACACAUUUAAUGAAGGUUUCAAGUAAGGCUGUUGCUGUUUGGAAUAGCGUAACAUGCUGAAGAAGUCAAUGUAGAAUGGUAAAAAUGCACUGCUACUCAAUGGUCAGAGACAUCUAAAGUACUCAAAUCAUGCCGAUGAAAUCUACAAAAGGUAUUACUUUAAAUCUGACUCAGAAGUUCUGUCAGAUUUUAUUUGUGAGCCGUAAUCUUUUUAUCCAGGAAGUCAUCAUUACAGUUUUCUAUGUUUUAUACAUGUCAACAGAAAUACAAUGUAGUGAAACCUACUGCACUUAAAUUUUAGCAGUUUUUUUCAACUCCAGACCCUGGUGUUAACUUCUGGUGCAAUGUACUCCUGUGCAGUAGGGCUAUUUAGAAGACAGUAAAAAACUCCAAGUGCAAAUCUCUCUUUGGAGCUCCCCAAUGAAGUUCCUGCCAUUUUAAUCAUUCCAUUAUUAGACCUGAAAAUCUCUGUCUCUCUCAAAAUACUGCCAGGUUUGUAAUUGAUUGCCUAUCUGAUUUUUUUAUAUGUACCUGUAAUCUUCAUUUAUACUACAUAGUUUUGUGAAUUAAGCCCAUAGUUCUGCUGUAAUGGCAAUACUAUCAAACUAUCUCCAUGUUGCUUUGGGUGUCAUGCUGUGAACACCCUUUGUGCACGUGAAUAUUUUACUAUGGAAAUCUUGCAGAAAAUGUUUUUGCUUUCAAAUCACGAGAUCAUAUUUAUAUGUGCUCUAUGCUAUAACACAUUACCUGUUACCGGUGUGAAAUGUAGAGUAGAAGAAAUUAUGCAGUUAUGGUUAAACUGAUAUACUGACUAUUUUGUUAGCUGAUCUCAUCAUCAGUUCUGAUAACAACUGCACCCUAUUGCAUGGAAACCGCAUUGUUGUAUGAAUUGAACGGAGCUUAGAGUAGGAAAGGUUUACAUUUCAAUGGUUUUAGUGGGCACUGCAUAAUGAGUGCUUGGGGAUAUAUUCUGAUUCCGCUUGUAGACUUCCACGCUCAGCUCCCUGGGUAGUGAGCAGAGAGCUCAUUCUGAGGGGACUUUCUGUGCACAGCUCUUAGUCAUAGCUCCCGGUGACUCUAAAGGGGAUUUCUGCCCAGGGGAGGCUGCAGAACUCCAUCCUCCAGAGGAGUUUUCCGUGUUGUUCUCCAUGGGUUACCUCUCGUUGUUUGCAAUUGCUGAUAAAGUUAUAUUGCACUACUCUGACAAUAUUUUUUUGAAGAGACUAUUUAGAAAUACUUGCAAGCAGAUGUAUAUAUCUUUGUCUAAAGAAUUCUAUGUUAGUUGCAUUGCUCCUGAAAGAUCGUUCUGAAUUUAUUUUACACAUACAUUGAUAGCUGAUUUCUGAUCUAAAAGUUAUUUUGAUCUUGUUUCUUGUGUUUGAAAAAAUGCCAAUCAACUGUUCUUUAGAAAGUCUUAGGCCUAAAUAUGGUAAUGUUACAUCAUGAUUUUAAAUGAAUUUAUGUAGCCCCUUUCUCACUUGUGUUACCAAACACUAGCUUACUAUUGAUGGCAACAGGUUUAUUUAUGAGCCUUGUUUAAAAAAAAAAAAAAAAGCAAAGAAAAAAAAAAAGCAAACUUUUGACUUGACAAUGUGCAAGUAUUUGUUGCCAGUUUUUGGUUUUGCUUAGUUCUUUGAUCCAUUGCAAGCCUUGUACCUUCUUAAAACUGCCCAUCAAUCUGUGUGCAAUCUCCAACUGAGUUGGGUUUUUUUGAGUUUUUUUUUUCUGUACUCAAUUUCAGAUGUCUUCUUUGGUGGUAAUGUCUUGAACACACAUUUUCUGCAUUAAAUACAGUUUUAAGCAUCUCUCUA